AUGGACUCCUUUGAGACCUCCCUUGCCUCCCCCACAAAGGCUCGGCAAGCUGCAAUCCAAGCAAAAGACUGGGCAUAUGUCAAUUCCUGGCUCACCCGCCAGUACGCGCCCAAACCGGUCCCACAGUUUGAACGGAAUGUCGAUACACUUCGAGUCCUCCUGACACUGGCCGCAGCCAAUGAUGCUGCAGACGAAGAAGCAAAUAUACAACACCGCGCUCGAGAAGAAGCUAUGGAAGCCUUCAAGGCCCAAGAAGAAGCAGAUCGCAAAGACCCACAUGAACGACAAAAGAACGAGAUCCUAGAUGAAGUGGAAAUGUGUCUGGAUGACAAAGGACGACGUGAUCUUGAAGAUCUGGCUGAAUCUGCUGUCGUAUUGGGUAAUACUCUGAAUCCAGAGCCAGAGGAUUUGAGUCAAUCCAUCGCGGAGCUGACAGUGGAGGACUUCGAUAUGAAAGGCCAGAUGGCUAAAGUGGAGACGCUGCAUCAAUACCUGCAGAAAGAGCUAUCCCAGCUCCAGGCCGAUCUGGAAGAGCUCAAAUCAGAUAAAAUUUAUGAUGUUCCCCCGGAUACUCAGGUUUUGACGUCGGAGUGGACGCGAGGCACCAAGACCUUGUCUGCAAAAGUUGGGGAAUACCAAGAUCGCAUAGCUUCAUUGGAAAGAAAUCGGCCUCAGGGACCUACAAUCGAGCAACUCAUGGUUGAAGAAGAGGCUGUCAUCCGAUUACAGGAACUCACUAAGUCACUUGAAGGACGCGUGAGAGCAUUCCAUGAUCUACCUACAGAUGUCGCUGGUGCGCGGACUCGGUACAGGGAACUGGAACGCGAACUCGGGUGCCUUAAACGGCAGAGAGAUGCUAUGUUCGGUAGUUUGGUAGAGAACUCAUAG